AUGAAAACCGGCGAUGACAAUUCACGACACGAACGUGGGAUUUAUGCCUCCUUAAUGCCUUCGAUCGGUCAGGUUUACAUGAAGCGCAGCUACAGCUUACUCAGCUUCCACUUGUUCGUCCGAAAUUAUAUCGGAAGUAAACUUUCCGUGCGCACACUGUCGAUGAAUAACAUGUUAUUGAUAUGUGUAGAGAGGCCUGGCGUUUCGCGCGUGAUGGCGUAUGUGAACUACUUAAAUUUGGGAACGACCCUACUAUAUCUGUCUCGGUUGGUAAUCAAAUGGAUGGUUGUUGAUAAUUAUUGA